UUUGUGGGCACAAACAAUUGUUGACUUCAGGUGCCAAGCCAAUCACGCGCAGAGCAACUGAGAUCGCCAACCAACGGACCACGAGCACGGCCGCCUCCACCGUCGCCUACUCGCCUGUUUGAGCGGACGCGCGGCCACCUGCCCGCCUCGUCGAGACUGCCGGCGACAGGGGAUGACAGGGGCGGCGGCGUUCGCUUCUGCGGCGCUGGAGCGUGCGGUCGGGACGCUCUCCUUGCUGCUCCCGGGCUUCUUCCCCUCUGCGAGGCACGGCGAGGAGGAUGCGGAGGAGCUGGGGCGGCUGGUGAGGACGAUGCGGCGGAUCCGCGCCGCGAUCGAUGACGGCUUCCCCAGCGGCGCGCCUGGCUCCGCUUCCGCGUCGGCCAAGCUCCGGCUCAGGGAACUGAGGGGCCUGGCCUAUGACGCGGAGGACGUGGUCAGCGAGUGCGAGUACGAGGCCGUGCGCCGCAGAGCAGAGGCCCUCGACGCAGUGGGGCGGGCAGGCAGCGACGGCGGCCGCCGCCGCCUCAAGCGCGUCCGACGGGAGGUAAUUGAUGACUACUUCAGUGAUAUUGAUAUGGUGCCUGCUGUACAUGAUUUAGCUGCAAGAGCAAGCAAAAUUAGAGUGAGACUCGAUGAGAUAAUCAAAGAAUAUGGAGAUCUUUGCAUGACUGAUAAUGAUGGAGAACAGCAGAUUGACCUUGCUACACAAAGGUCGCAACGUUAUACUAGUUCUAUUGUACAUGAGCCAAGUAUACAUGGAAGAGAGGUAGAUAAAAAUAAUAUUAUCAAAAUGCUGUUGUCAGAAGUAAGGCCUAUGUCUGUUCUGGCCAUUGUUGGCAUGGGAGGACUUGGUAAGACAACACUAGCUCAACUGGUGUUUAAUGAUCAAAGGGUACGCCAGUCUUUUGACAGACUUGCCUGGAUAUGUGUGUCUGAUCAAUUUGAUCUGAAGAUAAUAACUAGAAACAUUAUUAGUUCACUUCAGAAGCAGAAGUAUGAAGCAUUGGAGUUGAAUGAUCUUCAGGAAGCUUUGAUAGAGCAAGUAGAGAGAAAGAAACUUCUAAUCGUAUUAGAUGACGUAUGGAAUGAGCGCAGGGCCCCUUGGGAUUCUCUUUGUGCCCCAAUGAUGACUGCAGAACUCUGUAGGAUUAUUGUUACUACUCGCAGCAAGACUGUUGCAAGCCUUGUACAAACAAUGCCUUCUUACUCCUUGAAUUGCUUGACUUCUGCUGCUAGUUGGUCCUUAUUUGAACAAAUCACAUUCGAAGGUCAAGAUCCUGCUGCUUAUGCAAAUUUCAUACAGAUCGGUGAGGAGAUUGUGGAGAAGUGCAAAGGUUUGCCACUUGCAAUCAAGACCCUUGGAAGCAUGUUGCGUUAUGAAACUGACGAGGAGAGAUGGAAAUAUGUCUUGGAGAGUGAUCUGUGGGACUUGGAUCCACAACAGAAUGAAAUUGUCCCAGCACUGGAACUGAGCUACAGCCACAUGCCAGUUUACCUGAAAAAGUGUUUUAUGUCCCUAUCAUUGUUUCCUAAAGAUUAUCAUUUUUCCCAAGAUAAGUUAAUUUUCCUAUGGAAGUCACUAGGUCUUCUUCAUACUGAUGAUGUAUGGGAUAAGGACAGAACCGGAAAGUUAUAUCUUUCUGAUUUACUUAAACGAUCUAUUAUUCAAUGUAAUGAACAUGCAUACACCAUGCAUGAUCUUAUCCAUGAGCUUGCAUGCUGUGUAGCAGGUGAAGAGUUUCUUAGACUUGAGAAUGAUAUACCAGCUCAAAUAUCAAAGGAUGUUCGGAAUAUAUCCAUAUUCUUACCAUGGACAUGUGUGACUUCAAAAUUAGAACAUUUUCAUGGGUCUAGUGCUCUAAGGGCUGUCAUACUGAGUUCAAUGGAGGGGCUUGGUGGUCCAAUUGAAAUAUCUGAAGAGCUAUUUGUUUACUCCAAGCAGUUACGUACUAUUGUUUUGGAUGGGGUUUCACUUGCAAGACCAUCAUUACAUGAUUCAGUGGGCAACUUGAAGCAUCUAUGUCAUCUGGUUCUUCGAGACAUAGGAGGAUUGGAGCUUCCUAUCUCCAUAUGCCAGCUCUUUAACCUGCAGACCUUAGAUGUGACAACUUCUGGUAACUUGAAACCAGCAUGCAUUCCAAAUGGAAUUGGUCGCCUAAUUAAUCUGCACACACUGCCUGUUAUCACUGUUAAAAGAGGCGCUUGGCAUUGUAAUCUAAGGGACCUGAAGGACUUGCAAAAUCUUAGUGGAAAGCUAUGCUUAAAAGGAUUAGAUAAUGUGACCAGUGUUGAUGAGGCAGAAGAAGCAAAUUUGUUCAGUAAACAACAUAUCCGAGCUUUAAAUUUGAUAUUUCCUGAUGGAGAUUGGCAAUACUGCAAACAUGGCCAGGAGCCUGCACCAACUACAGCUUCUCAUGAGGAAAUACUAGAGAACUUGCAACCACAUAGUAAUCUCACUGAACUUUCUAUAGAAGCUUGCAGAUCAUAUAGAUAUCCUAGUUGGUUGGGUGACACUUCCUUUUCAAAGGUAACAGUGAUAAGAUUGGAAUAUUGUCAAUUUGAAUGCAUGCCACCACUUGGUCAGUUGUUGACCUUGCAGUAUCUUACAAUUGCUGAGAUGUCGAGAAUAAAAAGCAUUGGACCAGAGUUUUGCAGCCUCAAUCCAAAGACAACAGGAUUUAAAUCACUGGUGACCCUGGCAUUUGACAGUAUGCCCAGAUGGUUACAGUGGUCCGAAGUGGGUGAUGGUUCAUUUACCUGCUUACGCACUCUGAGCAUUCAGCAUGCCUCUGAACUGAGAUCCCUGCCAUGUGCACUUUCUUCAUCCUUGGCCCAAUUGAAACUGCGGGAUUGCAAAAAUCUGGUCAGAAUUCCUCGUCUCCCUUUGCUCUUUAAACUGGAUUUACGUCAGUGUGAUAAUUUAACUGAACUCCCUGUGUUCCCGAUGCUUCAAAGACUGGACAUAGGUCAGUGUUCCAGCAUAGCUCGACUUCCUGACCUCCCACUACUUAAGGUUCUUAUACUAAGAGAUUGUCCAAACCUGACUACUGUUGUUCACCUCCCAUCACUUAUUAGCAUCCAUGUCAAAGGAGGAUUCAGAAAUGAGCUGUUGUACCAUUUGACAAACUGCCACCCAUCUUUGGAGAAUAUAUUGAUUGUUUCUGAUUCCAUUGAGCGCCUUUCCGUGGAGCCCCAAAAUCUUCCAUCGCUAGUAUCAUUAAAGUUGAGCUGCCCUAAUCUGCAAUUCUGUGAUGGACUUGCUGGACUUACAUAUCUAAAAGAACUGAAGGUCUAUGGUUGUCCAAAGCUCAGUGUUUCUAAUCUGCAUUCAGGUCAACUCUGAAGUCUGAAUUCAGCAGCAGCUACAUGAAGUUAUUUCCAAUAUUGGAAUUUUCGUAUGUAUUUUUUCUUCAAGGGUGGACAACCAGGAAUGCACCUUGAUGGAUUUGGUUCUUUCUACUAUUUCACUUCAUAUUGUGUGGGCAGUGGGCACAUCUUUGCAGGUCAUGCUUAUGACUAUAAACUUUGGUAAAUCUUCAUAUAUUGUAUGCUCAAUUGUCGAUGAAGCGAUAAAUAAGCGCUUGUCCCCUCUUUUUUCGCGGGUUCUUAUUAAGUAACAGUGGUUGCAGCUGCACUUGUUGUUGCUACAGUAACGCGCUAUUGAUGAUGGUGGAAGCUGCACCGAACACGCCCAUAAGCCAUAUUGACAUCUCUCGGUUUUGUUUGAAAAGACGGAUCAGCCAUAGAUCUUCAUGGUCAUGUACGGUUUUGGGGUAGUAUCAGCACACGGCAAGAACAUGUAGCAUGAUGUUGCAGCGGAGACCAUGACGUUGCGGUAUGCGCGUCUUCUCUUGCUUGCAUGCUUGCUGAUGCAGCUGAGCUUGGUGUCUGUAAGAAGUGAUUGGCACCUCGGUGGAGUAGGGACAUCAUCGUCGUCUCUGUGCAUCUCCUCUAAGGCUCUAAUGGUGAGGUAGAGUCAGGAGCAAGGAAUGCACAUCUAGUGCUCGACGAAAUGCCAAGCAAGGAGCGUCUUGUCCUCCACACUACCUACUUCACCACCAGAGCUCUCGCAAGCUCACAUCAGAUAGGAAAUCAUCCAGGUACUCUCCGCUUUCAGAUUCAAAUAGGAAUGCUGAACAUUAACUGAACAAUGCAACAUUAGUACAAGUUUCUGAUAAGGCCUUUUCAGAGCACUGCAGGCUUGAUUGAAAAGUUAAACAACCUUGCAUCAAUAUGUCAGAUAAAGGUAUAGGAGUAGCGAGCCAAAUGGUUUUAUUUGUAUUACCUCAUCACGUACUUCAUUCUCCAUUGAUCCA